AUUUACAGGUGUCUCAUCAUACGUAGACAGUCAGCGACAUGGAGGGACCGCAGCAACAGCAGAUUUUGAACCCGCAGAGACUGAAGUCACUAAAAGAAUGGGUGCAGAAAAGCUCCAUCACUUUAACGCAGGUCAACGGGCAGAGGAAAUAUGGUGGUCCUCCUCCGGGCUGGCGAGGUCCUGCUCCCGGCCCGGGGUGUGAGGUUUUCAUCAGUCAGAUCCCACAUGACGUCUACGAGGACCGUCUGAUUCCUCUCUUCCAGAGCGUCGGUGCUCUUUAUGAGUUUCGCCUCAUGAUGAACUUCAGCGGGCAGAACCGGGGCUUUGCCUACGCAAAGUACGGCGACCCCUUCACGGCAUCCACCGCCGUCAUGACCCUCCAUCAGUACCCUCUGCAGGAGGGGGUGUGUCUGACGGUUCGCAGGAGCACGGAGAAGCGGCAGCUGCGUCUGGGGGAUCUUCCGGCGAACGUGAAUCAGGCGGAGAUGCUGAUGGUGCUCCAAAUGAUGUCUGAGGGUGUGGAGGACGUCCUGCUGAAGUUGGCCGGGCCCAAAGGGAGAGAGAUCGUGGCUCUAGUGAACUACUCCUCCCACUAUGCGGCGUCCAUGGCCAAAAAAAUGCUUGUAGAAGCUUUUAAGAAGCAGUACGGCAUUUCCAUUACCGUCAGUUGGACGUCCUUCUCCAAGUCCAAGCGUAUCAAGGAGACCGGACAAGAUGACUGCUUCACCUCACCUGGUCUGAAACCCCUCAGUAAACCCUCCCUCAGCCCUCCACACCUGUAUCCUCAGCUCUCUCAUCAUGAUGUCCCAGCACACCCCACCCGCCUGCCCUUCUUCCGGGCCGUGGGGGGUCCGACCGCCCCGGUGAGGGAUGAGAUGAUGGCUCAACCCCCCGUGAACCGCGACCCCGUGUCUCAGCUGCAGAGGAUGUGCGAGGCGAACAGACUCGGUACACCGCAGUACGAAGUCCGUUACAAUCACACCGGCCCCGACGGCUUCUUCUACUUCGCCUUCAAAGUCCUGAUCCCAGGCCUCCCUCUGCCUCUGUACGGGGCUGUCCACAUCCUUCCAAGCACCAGCGCUCCAGCCACGAAGGGGGAAGUUUGUCGGGCCGCCGCCGAGCAGGUGAUCCAAACCAUGCGCAAGGUCUCAAACUUGCGACCUUUCUAAAAUGUGAGCGGCUUUUUCUAAUGUAAUGUAACAUUAUCAGUUUUACGUUCAGUAUUAUGGUUUGAAGGCAUGUACUGUUCUAGUUUCAGAUGAAUGAGUGGAAAUUUAUGAUACACUGAAGUAUUUCAUUUACUGUAUAAAAAAAAAGAGGAACUAGGCAGUGAAUUUCUUUUAAUUUUACAAGCUCUUGAAUUCAGCACUAUGAGAGUGGUUUGAAGUAUUAUGUUCUUGUUGAUAUAAUGUUUUAUGAUAUUUUAACUAUGUAAUAUUAAUCAUUUAUGUUUAGGCAGCCUCAUCACAUUUGGUUGACUGCAUGUUUUCACAACUUCUUAUUUUGAACGUUUUCACCGUAUUUGACUUUUCACGAUUUGUUUUGCGUGUUUGUCACGAUUGCUGACUUUGCAUGGUGUGCUGUUGUUUCCUUGUUUGAUGGGUUGUACUGGCUAUAAAUGACUUUUGUACAGUAAAUAAGUUCAAGAAAUAAUACUUGUGCAGGCUAUUGCUCACGUCCCUGAUUAUAACAUCUUCUAUUGCUCAUACCUGUGGUACAAAGUUAAAAGCCCUAACAAAACUAUUAAACUUUGACUACAGAUAUGAAUGGUACCUCAAAUCACAUGAGAUGUGCUAUUAUUAGGGAAUAAAUCAAAAUUUUUCCAA